AUGCAGGACUGGAAAUCCACAGAUCCACGCCCUCUUCCAGCACGGCCACCAACAUUAUGGCGGGAGGGUUGUAAUAAGGCGGCCCGUUUUGGCCUCAUGUUGCUGGCGACAUUGAUCCUUGUCAAAUCUUGGUUAGAUCUGGCUUCUGUGGAGAAGGUUCAGGGCCCAGAUCCAGAUCCAGUAUCCUCUUCGGAACCAUUUAGCUGGGACCAAAUCCUGCCUUCGGAAAAAUUAGAGUAUCACAACUGUGAUGGUGAAUUCCAAUGCGCUCGCCUCGAAGUACCAAUGGAUUAUGAAGCUAAGGAUCCAAAGGCCCGCAAAUUCACAUUGGCCAUAGCGAAGCUUCCUGCCAAGGUGCCAAUUAGCGACCCUCGCUACGGGGGUGCUGUCUUAAUCAAUCCAGGUGGCCCCGGCGGUCGCGGGACUUUACAAGCGUUCCUUUCGGGCCGCAAUCUCCAGACAAUUGUUGACGCCGAGAUUGACCCGGGUCUGGACCCAGGUAGCGAAAGCGAAAGCGCUAGCGACAAAUAUUUUGAUAUUAUUGGAUUUGAUCCGCGUGGCGUAGGGUAUACGACGCCUGCAUUAACAUGUUUUCCCGAUUCAGUGUCGCAGCGUAAUUGGGAGUUGCAGGUUGAGGCGGAGGGCAUGCUUGGCAGUAGUCCAGAUGCUUUGAAGAAAAGUUGGCAGCGUACUCAGGCGCUUAAUCUCGGGUGCUCUGUAUACGAGAUGAAUGCUGCGCAUGAGGAUGACUCCAUGAUGGCAUACGUCAAUACCCCACUUGUUGCACGAGAUAUGCUUACUAUUGUGGAACGACAUGGCGAGUGGCGGGAAAAUGAAGGCGGCAAGGCGCAGCAAGCAUUUGACGAAUCUAACGGGUACGAUCAUACGCGCGCGAUUGUAAAGCGCACAGUGUGGCAUCGGAAUGAAGAAUUACUUCUGUAUUGGGGGCGAUCUUACGGAACGGUACUAGGUACAACUUUUGCUGCGCUUUUCCCGGACCGAGUGUCGCGGGCUGUUCUCGAUGGCGUCGUGAACAUGGAUAUGUUCUACAAGGGGGAAGGACCAAAUGCUAUAGUUGAUGCAGAUGCUAUUUUUGAUCGGUUUGGUCUUUACUGCGAUGCUGUUGGUCCAGAUGGGUGCCCAUUUUAUGUCGAUGGAGGACCAAAUGCAAUCAAAGCAGCUUACUGGGCUCUUGAAGCACAAACCUUGAAUGCUUCGAUUCCAGUGAUGGCAUCUUCUUCUCGGGGUCCUGAAGUCAUAAGUUGGACAGACUUGAAGAAUAUCCUCCGUGUUGCAGUUUAUCAACCCUUGCUUGCGUUUCCCGUAUUAGCGGAGAAAGUGGGUGCUCUCGCCCAAGGGAAUGGUGUUCCAAUGGCGGAUUUUAAGCAUCGUCAGCACUUUGGUGCAUGUCCGUCGAAUGAGUGCAGUAUUGCGGGUCCUUGGUCUUCGCAGUGCACGCAAAAUUUAGAUAAUUCGCUCUAUGCGAUGUCUGCUAUUCUUUGUACUGAUGCAGAGCAUUUGGCCAAUUUCACGUUGGAGAGUUUCACGGAGUUUUGGCAGGGAUUGAAAAAGGAUAGUAAGGCAUUAGGAGAUUAUUGGGCUCAAAUGCAGCUCGCCUGUGCUGGGUGGAAGACGAGAGCGAAAUAUCCCUUUCAAGGUAUACUUGCACAACAUCCAAGAAGCCCAUUGAUUGCACAACACAUGUCGAGACAGUUUCCAGGGUCUGUUUUACUCCAGCAAGAUUCAGAGGGACAUACCACGCUUGCUGCGCCAUCUCUGUGCGUAGCCAAAGAGAUUCGCAACUACUUCCAAAACGGGAACCUCCCGCAAGCCGGAACUCUUUGUUUAGCUGAUCUCAAGCCACUAGUAGGACGCGUGGGUCAAGUGCCGAUCGUCGGUCAAGCCACCACUCUAGCCGACCGGGAGCUAUUGCAAGCGUUAAUCCGAGAAGUUGAACUAGGAUACUUGCCUUGA